GUCACGUGGUUGUCAAGGAGGGAAAACUUCCGCUGCUGUUCGCGGGCUGACGGACAGCGGGGAUAGAAAGAGUGUUCAUCAUGGACGUGGAGAUGGCGGAGGCUGAAAUUGAGAGGAAACCGUCAGAAAGCGAACAUAAGGUGGACAGUGAAGCCGGAGAGACCUCCACCAGAAGCUCCGGUGGUACAUACGAGCUGCCCUGGGUGGAGAAGUACCGUCCUCUGAAGCUGAACGAGAUCGUGGGGAACGAGGAGACCGUGAGCCGGCUGGAGGUGUUCGCCAGAGAGGGAAACGUCCCCAACAUCAUCAUCGCAGGUCCUCCAGGGACAGGAAAGACCACCAGCAUCUUGUGUUUGGCACGCGCUCUGCUGGGAGCGUCCAUGAAAGACGCUGUGCUGGAGCUCAAUGCUUCGAACGACAGGGGAAUCGAUGUGGUGAGGAACAAGAUCAAGAUGUUUGCUCAGCAGAAAGUCACACUGCCCAAAGGACGACACAAGAUCAUCAUCCUGGACGAAGCCGACAGCAUGACGGACGGAGCUCAGCAAGCGUUGAGAAGGAUCAUGGAGAUCUACUCAAAGACGACGCGUUUCGCUCUCGCCUGCAACGCCUCGGAUAAGAUCAUCGAGCCGAUCCAGUCUCGCUGCGCGGUGCUGCGUUACUCCAAACUGACGGAUGGACAGAUCCUGGCCCGGCUGCAGGAGGUGGUGGAGAAGGAGCGUCUGUCGGUGUCUGACGACGGGCUGGAGGCGGUCAUCUUCACUGCGCAGGGAGACAUGAGACAGGCACUGAACAACCUGCAGUCCACCAACUCUGGCUUUGGCUACAUCAACAGCGAGAAUGUGUUCAAAGUGUGUGACGAGCCUCACCCGCUGCUGGUGAAAAGCAUGCUGGGACACUGCGUGGACGGGAACAUCGACGAGGCCUACAAGGUGGUGGAGCAGCUGUGGGCGCUGGGCUACUCGCCCGAGGACAUCAUCGGGAACAUCUUCAGGGUCUGCAAGACUUACCAGAUGGCCGAGUACCUCAAACUGGAGUUCAUCAAGGAAAUCGGCUACACUCACAUGAGGGUGGCUGAAGGCGUCGGCUCCCUGCUGCAGAUGGCCGGGCUGCUGGGUCGACUCUGCAGCAAGACGGCGCCCCCUGCUGCCAGCUGAACCCAGAACCCAGUCACCGGCUCUGCUGAGGUGUGCUACGGUGAAGCGUCCUACUGUGGACUGCUGGUGAUCCAAAGCUGUGAUCGCAUCACAUCUGACAGAUUGUGUCCGGCUGUGGAAACAAAGUUAUGUACCAGGACAAUAAGUCGCCUUUUAACUUGUUGUUUUUUGUUGUUACCUUUUCUUUUGUGUUGAUGUACUGAUUUAAGUGACACAUUAAGACAAACUUCCCAGCAAGACUCACAGAUGGACGGACACAGAUGGCUGGGGAUUAAAAAUACUUGAACUAGAAUUACCAGCCAAUGUUUGUUCUUUAUAUAGAACCUACGCAGCAACAAAUGUACUUAAUGACUACAUUUCUGACCUUACUGUUAUAAUGUGUUGUCCAUAAAUGGAAUGUGCUAAAAAGCAGCAACCAAAAUAAAAGUAAUAAGAAAUUA